CCUCCCUCCCUCUUCUCCCCAAGAUGGCGGCACCGGCGGGCGACUGAGGGGAGCUGUUGGCCGAAAGCUGGAAAAGACAAUCCCGGCUGCCGCCGGGAAAGGAAAAGACGACAUUGCCGCUUCGGGGGUUUUCCCCCCCCCUCUUUCUUGCCGCUUCGCCCUCUUCCCCUUCGGCCCUCUAGGAGGAUGGUAAAAUGACCCAAGUGGGGAAGAAAAAGAAAAGGGCCGCCAACCGCAGCAUCUUGCUGGCUAAAAAGAUCAUCAUUAAGGACGGCGGCACGCCUCAAGGGAUAGGUUCUCCUAGUGUCUACCAUGCUGUCAUUGUUAUCUUUUUGGAAUUUUUUGCUUGGGGACUUCUAACAGCACCUACGUUGGUGGUUUUGCAUGAAACCUUUCCAAAACAUACGUUUUUAAUGAAUGGCUUGAUCCAAGGAGUAAAGGGUUUAUUGUCUUUUCUGAGUGCUCCUCUGAUUGGAGCUCUGUCUGAUGUUUGGGGCCGAAAAUCAUUCCUGCUGCUAACAGUAUUUUUUACCUGUGCUCCGAUUCCACUGAUGAAGAUCAGUCCAUGGUGGUACUUUGCAGUUAUUUCUGUCUCUGGAGUCUUUGCAGUGACUUUUUCAGUGGUAUUUGCUUACGUAGCUGAUAUAACCCAAGAACACGAAAGAAGCAUGGCCUAUGGCUUGGUUUCAGCAACAUUUGCUGCCAGUUUAGUUACCAGUCCUGCCAUUGGUGCCUAUCUCGGUCGAGUGUACGGGGAUAGUCUGGUGGUUGUCUUAGCUACAGCAAUUGCGUUGUUGGACAUUUGUUUUAUUCUUGUUGCUGUCCCUGAAUCACUGCCCGAAAAAAUGAGACCUGCGUCAUGGGGAGCACCUAUAUCUUGGGAACAAGCUGACCCUUUUGCGUCAUUGAAGAAAGUUGGUCAGGAUUCUAUAGUGCUGCUAAUCUGCAUCACGGUCUUUCUCUCCUACCUCCCUGAGGCAGGCCAAUAUUCCAGCUUCUUCUUGUACCUCAGACAGAUAAUGAGAUUUUCAUCAGAAAGCGUCGCAGCAUUUAUCGCUGUCCUUGGGAUUCUCUCCAUUGUGGCACAGACGAUAGUUCUGAGUUUACUUAUGAGAUCAAUUGGAAACAAAAACACCAUCUUACUUGGUCUUGGAUUUCAAAUAUUGCAGCUUGCAUGGUACGGUUUUGGCUCCGAACCUUGGAUGAUGUGGGCAGCAGGGGCUGUUGCAGCCAUGUCAAGCAUCACAUUUCCAGCAGUGAGUGCCCUUGUUUCACGAACUGCUGAUGCUGAUCAACAGGGAGUUGUCCAAGGAAUGAUAACAGGAAUUAGAGGACUCUGUAAUGGUUUGGGACCAGCGCUUUAUGGUUUUAUAUUCUACAUCUUCCAUGUAGAAUUGAAUGAAAAUCCAAUGACUGAAAAUGAAGUCAAUGUGCCCCCCCAACACCAUUCACAGCAAAAUUCCAUCAUUCCUGGGCCCCCAUUCUUAUUUGGCGCAUGUUCAGUGCUGCUGGCUCUACUCGUUGCCUUGUUUAUUCCUGAACAUACCAAUUUAAAUGUUCGCUCUAGCAGCUGGAAAAAACACUGUGGUGGACAUGGACAUCCACACAGUCCACAGGCCCCUGGAGAGGCCAAAGAACCUUUAUUACAGGACACAAAUGUAUGAUGACAAAACCCAAGAACUCAUAGAGCAAGUUUUAUUUUUUCACCUGCAGUUCCGGAUACACAUUCCAUUUCCAUUGAAAUUGUCAUUUCUUAAGGUGUUCUUAAGAAAUGGAUCUCUUGCAUGAAAACUGUUAAGAACCACAAGCAGGAAGUGGAAAAUCAUCCAAAGAAGUUACAACUUAAAUUACUUUGGUUUUCAAAAAGAAGCUAGGGUUUUUGUUAAAGUGCUAAAUAUAUUAAAUCUCCUUAAUUUUGAACAAAAUUAUAUAUAUAUAUAUAUAUAUAUAUAAAUAUAUAUACAAGGUAUCAGCAUGUGUUCCUGCAUCAGUUUCUUGAAGGUGUUAAGCUUCGUUCUCUUCAUGCUGGUCUCAGUGAGACUUGCAAGCAGGAUUUGGGUAUCUUUUCUCUGUAAAAUCGUUGGUCAGAUGGAUUCAAAGCCUUAACAUAGAUGCACUUGGCCAGGAAGGUGAAUUUGGUUGAUAUUAGACUUUCAAAUCACUGUCUGACAGGUUUUUUUUUUUUUUUUACUAACACAAAUCAUGUGUUGAAUACACAUCCUGAACAGUACACUUUAAGUGCAUUAUUCUGCUAAUUCUGUGUAGUGUGAGCCUAGAUUUUACUAUUGGCUCCAACACUCUACCUUCAUAAAUACAAUUUGAUACCACUAUGCUUUGGAUGUUUUGCAUAAGGACCUCAACACUUGAACGUACAAACUCAACUCUUAAGCUGAUAGCCUUGAUGAUGUCAAUGUGCUCUAUACAUGAUUGUCACUUCUAUUACUUGACAGGAUAAAUAGCUGUUCAGUUUUGAACCAAGGACAAAUGAGUUAAUCAGCUUUUCCUACUAUUUUAUUUGUAAAUUACAUAUGUAGGGGGUAUGACAGGCCAGUGAAUACUCUUGUCUAGUAAUUCAAGUGGCAAUUCUUGCUCUAUAGUGGCCUUUUAGGAUUGUCACAAAUAACACUUCAGAGCCAAGGGGUUAGUCCUGCAUUUUCAGGACCACAGUACAAGGAGAGAGCUUUAUACAAUUACUGAUGUGAAUUUCUCUAAAAGUGUAUAUUUUUGUGUCCAGUUGUAUUAUUUAAGUGUUCCUUUGUAUAAAAUGUGUAUAAAGUAUUGUAUAGUUCAAAAUG